GCCGCUCGGCCUCAGGCUUGGAUUGGAUGACUCGCCACUACCGAGUGCCGAUUUCCAUCGUCAGUCUUCACCUCCUCCAGGAAUAUCAGAUUCUGGCGCCAUGCCUGUGCACCAACAGUCCAACACUACCCUUAAGAAGGUUGGACACUCCUCAAAAGAAGGUAAUGCAAUGGAGAAGGAAUGAGCAGGUUGUAUCAUUUGUUUGGUUAAAACUGCAGUGUUCGAACAAGUGUCUCCUUAAUUUGGUCAAAGACUAGAAGCAUGGGAGAAUAAGGAAUUAAUGGAAGUGGAGAACCACAUGUUACAAAGCAGCAUGCAGGGAGGUGCAUACGUGGUGAUGGAUCUUGCAUUUAGAUUACUAAGCAAAGGCUCCAAAGUCAAGAGAUGUACCUUUCUCAGCUUUUGGUUUCAAUUUCUUGGCAAUGAGGGGGAGGAAAAGUCAAUCAGGCAAAGUUGCUAGGGUCAAACAUGAAACACAACGUGCAUUGACUAUUCCAUUGGACCAACCUUGUGCAUGACUUUAACUAUGUCUCUGUUUCUCUCUCUCAGCUGUUCUUAAUACGUCCUUGAUAUCCUUAGUCUUAAGACAGAGACAUCUCUUGCUAUUUCUGCAAAGCUCCUUUUGCAAAUCUUUCUUCCACCUGUUUGGUUGUCUUCUGAGGAGAAGUCCUAUAAUGGAGAUUUUUGUUUCUGCUGUCCUGGGCGAGCUGGCUUCUAGAUCCAUAAAUUUCUUCAUCAGCAAAAGCUCCAAGCCAACGGUGCUGGGUGUGGCGGAUAGACUGCAAAGGGCUCUUCUCCGAGCUCAGGUCAUCGUUGAUGAGGCCAUGGAACGAGAGAUCACAAACCAAGCUGUGCUCCAGCAUCUGGACAUGCUCAGAGACGCCAUGCACCGAGGCUAUUACAUCCUCGACACCUUCAGAUACCAAUCUCACAGUGAAGAGGAAGCCAAAGGUCAGGUCAUGAGCAACUCUUUGUCUCUGUUGAAAGUAAAUCCUCUACGAGGCUUUUGUUUGUCCAAUAGAAACACACUGAUUUUGGAACAACUGCAAAAGUCGCUUGAUGAUUUAAGCUCUAUGAUCCUUGAUGUCAAAGAGCUGGUCGUGUUCUUGGCAAGCUAUCCUCGCCUGUACCGCCAACCUUAUAGCAUGCAUCUCCUGCUGGGAAACUGCAUGUUUGGCCGCCAGAUGGAAUCUGAACUUGUUAUCAACUUCCUAUUGCACACACAACCUCAUGGUUCUGAAGAAUUGGAGGUACUGCCAAUUGUUGGCCCUGGCAAAGUUGGCAAGAGCACCCUUGUUGCUCAUGUUUGCAAGAAUGAAAGCAUCCGUGAUUAUUUCUCAGAAAUCUUGUUCCUGCGCGACCAUGAUUUUAUAGAUGACGACCUCUCAACAUUCAGACGAUUUGAAAUGAUAGAUCAAAAUCGCGUAUCGAACUCGAACAAAGACAGGGGAUGGCUAGUUGUUGUUGACUUAGUUGGUGAUCUUAAUGAAGAUGCAUGGAAGAUGUUAUAUUUUUCUUGUAAACAGCGCUUGCCAAGCAGCAGUAAAAUCAUAAUCACAAGCCGCUCUGACAAGAUCACUAAGCUUGGAACCACACAGGCUCUAAAUCUGGAGUAUUUGUCCCAUGAAGCGUUCUGGUAUUUCUUCAAGACAGUUACAUUUGGAAGCAUAGAUCCUGAUAUGCACCCAAAGUUCACACACGUGGCUAUGGAGAUAGCCAAGAAGUUGGGCAGAGCCCUCAUUGGUGCAAACGUCUUGGCUUGUUUGCUGAGGGACAAUUUUGACAUCCACUUUUGGUGCAAGGUUCUAGCCUUCAUGAGAGGGCUCAUCCAGAGGCAUGUCUCUGAAUUUGGUGUUGAACCAUUUUUUCUUAUAAACCAGAAUAAACCUGUACAUCUUGGGAGAUUGGCUACACCUCAUGAAGAUUUUGUGUAUUACUACGAUUAUGAAAGCUCUUCACGAGAGGAAGUUCCGAAGAUAAGAUUCCAAGAUGUGAUGUAUGGAAGUGUUAAGGCUCUUGGGAAAUUCGAGGUCCUAGGAUGGAUUUCUCCAAUACCGCCCUACUAUAGCUAUGUUGUUACUUGUGAGGUUCGAGAGCUAAAAAGUAGAGCUGGUGCCAAGAGGAAACGUUCUGUAGAAAAUUGAAUCACUCAUUGUUAAUUUGCUUUAUCUUUAGGAAUCUCUUUGUAUGUUCUGGUAGAGUGUUAGUUACAAGCCACAGCAUAAGGAUGUUACUAGUUGCAAAAUUUGUGAAACUGUGCUCCUACUACCUGUAAUUUGUCAUGUGCAAAGUGUGCACUACAGUAGCUAGUAGCAGAAUAAUCCAUGAUGCUGAGGCAUAGAUUUUCACGAGUUGUACAAUGGAUUUCUUGUCAUUGCAUUGUUUUACUCCAUGAAUACAAUCAGGCCCAGAAUCUGGUUGUGGGCUUGCAUUUUUCUUUUUCUCUAUGCUUUCAGUUCAGCCCUGCAUGCCAUUUUGUGAGCAGAGCCUCAUGACUGGAGGAUACAGUUCCGUCACCCAGGCUACCUGUUCACCAAGAGGAUACAGUUCCA